CGUGUCUAUAUGUGACUGGGGCUUAAGUUCCAGUUUACCGAUAGACCCGUUUCAUAGUUUAGAACAAUAGGGAUUAGUUAUGACGCUAUACGUACCAGUAUACUACUCGCGCAAGAGAAAGAAAAAAAGGAUGGAAAAGAAAAGAAGGCGAAGACCACGCUGGUGAUAAUGAAGAAGAAGAAGAGGAAGAAGAAGAUUGAGCUUGCGAGGUCAAUGCAGAAUCAUGGUGGUUUUUGGCGGGAAGCUUGUACAUACACAUCUCAAGAAGUAUUUGUUUAGGAUCGCCCGUCAUUCAUGUGUGCUCUUGUUUGCGGGCCCGACAUUCAUGUGUGCUCUUGUUUGCGGGCGGAUCAGGGGUAUAAGACAUCGCAGAUUUUAACAUCGCAUCAUCAAACUAUCUCCAGACUAGCUUAGCGUUCACACCCUUGACAAUUCGUCUCUCCGAUAAACAUGUCCUCGAACAAUUCUAAUUCUCAGCGUUCCUUGACUUUCAAGGAGAAACUGCAAAAUCUGGUGGCAUCCUUCUUUCCUAUGAGCUCUUCUCAGCUACAAUCUACCGUGGAGAGAGCCGUAGAGAGUGUUCAAGCGGGUGUUCAUGCUAGAUCAUCAUCCAUCGAUGAUACUCAUCAUGGUGAAACAAGCGGGCAAGACAUAUCGAAUCCUUUUGAUGACAGUGAUGCUGUCCACAAACUCGGUCCUCUUGCCGAGAGGUCCUCUAAAUAUAACCAAUGGUUGCUAGGGGUACUUCAGAGGAAGAACUGUCGGAGGAUUCUGGAUGCCGCGUGCGGAACAGGGGUGGACUCCUUAUUCCUGCUCAAACAUGGGAUGGAGGUCGUCAGUUGUGAUGAUGCUGAAGCGAUGCUGUUUUAUGCUAGAUCGGAAAAGGAACGACUUGGAUUAAAUGACUGGGGUAAAAAAUCCACCUUUUUAUACUUUAUUUUCAUUUGGAUAAUUUUCUUUAAUAUGAUUUCAAUAAGAACUUGACACUUCAUUUUUGUCUCACCUGCGAAGCAGAG